CAGCAGCAGCAGCAGUGGUGGUAGUGGUGACGUGAAGCAGAGUGAAGAGCAGUAGCUGCUGUAGGUUUCUCCUGGACCCUCUGGUGUACUCGUCUUAUACCCUGUGUGUCUGAGGUGCUGCUGCUCAGCUGACAGCCAUGGCACUUGGACAGCAUUUGUGGGUUUCUUGGAUUUGUCUGUUGCUGUUUAAUUGUGCUGCUGGUAUAUUACCUAAACGAGGGUAUGUAUAUCCUCACAAACAUGAUUCGAAAAACAUCCUUGAUGAGGAGGAGGAACUGAUGAUGUCACUGUCGUUUGACGAUGCUGACGCUACAUACGGCCAAUCACCUGAUGGCGCUCACGGGGGUUACAACCAGCCUUCGGUCACCGUGCAGCCAGACCCUGUCCUGCCUGAUGCUGCAGGGACACUGGGCAGCGGUCAGUUUGAGGCCUGGGGUGAACCACUGCUCUUUCCUCUGAAUCUCUACCAUCAGUUAGGCGAUCCAGCACAGCCUCCGCAGCAACCUGUCCAAUCACAGCUACCUUAUAAUGCUGGUGCUUCCCCAGGCACUGAUGGUGCAGCAUAUAACAGCCCAGCUGCACCAGUUUCACCAUCUCAGGCUGAGAAUGUUUAUCCACAGUCUGGCUCUGAGCACAGUGCUGCUGGUGACAGUGGCUCCAGUAUAACAGCAGGUGACCUGCCUCAUGUUCCACGUCUGGUUUAUGAGGAAGUUUUCCAAUAUCCCUCAAGUGCAGAGGAGUCUGCAAAAGUCUACACAGCAGUGGACCAGACCCAGCCCCCUCCCUCUCAGCCCCUAGUCCCAAAUCACAUGCCUGCAGUUGAACUGAAGCCUGUGUCUCCACCUGGUAAGGGAAGCUCCCCCACGGGUAAAAAGGUGACCGGCUCUAAACAGAACACUUACUCAGCCCAAUAUAAACCAGCAACCACCAAACGAACAAGACCAGUCAUGAACCCUAAAUAUGCAGUUCUGCCGAGAAAAACCAGCUACAUCAUCCAGUCCAGAGGAGGCUACCAGAGAAGGAAGUCCAUCCUCAGCAGCACCUUGUACUCACCAGACCUGUACCCUUCACUGCCUGUCAGAAAACCUGCUGCCCCGAAGGUUGCAAAGACGCCUCAGAGCACAAAGCAGUGAAGAACAUGGAUUAUGUGCCUUGCCCAAGGAUGAUGUGCCUGAAGAAACUCUUACUGAACUCUUACUUGCACAAAAUUCUACAUGAGCUGGAAAAUAAAUGAACAUGUGAUGUCUGUGCAUCAAUCAGUUUACCUUGGCAUUGAAAUCCUUGUUUCCCAAAUCCCCUGCAACAAAAACAUAAAAAACGGUCAGUUUCCAUCUACAACUGUAUGAAAAUAAAGUGGUGAACUACUGGCUGUCAAUAAACUGGCUCACCAAGUCACUGCAUAUUUACUAUUGCAACUAAAAUUUAAACUUUCAAAGUAA